GUGGCAAAAGUAGAUCACAAGAUAUUCAUUUGCAAUCAUUUGCAUUCAUGGCUCGUAGAACCCCUCCCAUCCUGCACGACCCACUCUUCCUACCCACACACAUACACACACACUCCCCAAGAUUGUCUUCAUACCUCUACCAAGCUUUCAUUCCCCCCGCAGUCCCAGCAUCCCCCUUCACCUUCCCAGAGAUGAGCCACUCCCACCCGGUGCUUGGCUAAUGUUCUACUCGCCUGCAACUCAGUGUUGGUGUGGUCGAAGUGUGCGCUGGACGCGUGGAGAGAGAGUACCUUGUUGUUUCUCCGAUAGGACCUAGCAAGAGUUAUUCCAUUUGGAUGCAAAUUGUUAGUAGACAACAGUAGCUUAAUAUAUUCCUGUAGCGCCGACUGAACUCUGAAGAUAUCGUGAAACCUGUAAAGCUGCGACGUCUGAACUUCUCGUGUGAGGACGGUGUUUUAAAUGAGUGAUUCCAGAAGUGCGUGACGAGAAAUAUUACUCAGAUCAUCAUGUGUUGAACUUGACACACAUGAGUAAUAGUUGUGUAUUAGCCCGUACGAUCAACCAGUUCAGAAUCUAUUUAAAAUAGCAAAAGGCCUGAAUAAUUUAAAAUCAAGAAUAUUAAUAAUUUCCGUUGGAAAAUAAUCUAUCAUCUAGAACCCCCCAAAAUAUAACUCCCAUAAUAGAAAGAAAUCCGUGUAAUUUAAAAGAGAAGCUAAAUCGUCUAAAAAUAAGUAAGAAUCUGCGUCGUACAGAUUAUAAAGAAUCUGAAUCUACUACGAAGAACAAAAAUCACAUCGAUGAUGUAUUUCUUCAAAAGAAUGAUGGUGGCGUUGGUGUUACUAGCGUUGGCGUUGGUGAAGGUGUUGGAAGCUACAAUCAGUCAGCUAGGCAGUGUUUAUCUCAUCGUGCCUCAACGCUUCGAGGUGGACCCUGUUGCACCUUACAGGAAUCAAUUGGAGUUCGCCAAGGCCCACGGUCCAAGGGGUGUAUAUUUACUGGAGUCUCUGGGAGCCGGACACUACCCGACACACCAGCAACUUACAGCUGACUACCACAGAAGAUCCAACCCGGGACCUGUCUACUUCUACGACUACUUCAGAUAGGUCAAUAUAUUGGACUCUUAUGAGAGGCUUUUGGUUCUGGGAUUUGGAUCUGCCUUUUCCAUUUUUUAUACCGAAUCUUAUCACUUCCUGUCCCCAAGGUGCUAUGUGACCCCUGCGGGUUAAGCGUUUCCCCAUGAAUAUAAUAAUAUCGAUAUUCUCUUCUUAAUGAAUCAUUAUUAUUUUUAUUAUUUUUAUUAUUAUUAGUGAAAAUAUUAUUAUAAACGUUAGUAAACACAUUAGUAUCAAUAUUGUUAUAAUUAUUUUUAUAUUAGUAUUAUUAUUAAUUUUCUUAUGGUUUUAUUUAUUA